CGUUGGAACUUGGCUGGUCUGGGCAGUUGGGCAUCGACUUGGCUGGGAGUUGACGAGAUCACGGGCAAUUAAUACUAGACGAACGUUGGAGUGCGCCACCCCUCCGCAAUAGAAGAUACUAUGAGACCUAAGACAUCUUCUCUCUCUCGAUCGCUGCCGCCAAUCUGCCUGCUGUCGAGCGUUCCUCUGAUACUAUUCGUUCCAGGAUAUCUACCGUGGGGAUAACAUGGGUUACAGGCGUUAACUCCGUCACUUCCUUCUCAUUCAUCACACCCUCUAGUGCCGAAUAGAGAAAUGACUAGUACUAACCCCGUAAAUACCACGAUAUGGCCCUAGGGCCGGUUGAGCAAAGGAGGCAUGCCGAGCUGAAUGUCAGAACCGGGGCGGCGUGGAGCACAAUGUGAUGCUGUGCAUGGCAGUGUUUGAGACCGACUCUAGUAAGGUACCAGCAGCCGUGGCUCUGGCAUUGCAAUGGGCAGGUUGUCAUGAACCUCUCGCAUAAGAGAACGAGAUUCCCCAGGCGAGAUCUCACAACUCAGCACCAUCUCAACCCCGCCUUCUCACCUCGAAUCAAGACAACCUUGAGCCAGUCCUGCAGAUCCUCAAGCUCGACGAGAAUCACACAACUUGCAAACGCUGAACAACCAUGGCUCCCGCCUACAACAAAGAGACCAGAGCGAAUGAGCUGGUGCCCCUUUACGCUCCAUACAUCGCGGGCAAGACCAUCGUCGUGACGGGGGUCUCGCCAGGUAGCAUCGGCGACUCUUUCGUCAAGCAGGUUGCCGUCGCCAAGCCAGCCGUGUUCGUUCUCGCCGGCCGCUCACCAUCCAAGUUCCAGGGGUUGGUCAACGACCUUGCCACGGAACACCCCGAGAUCAACGUCAAGUCCCUCAUGCUCGACCUCGCCUCCUUUGCCAACGUCCGCAAGGCCGCCGAGGAACUCAACACCUGGGCCGACGUCCCGCAAAUCGACGUCCUCGUCAACAACGCCGGCAUCAUGGCCGGCCCGUACAAGCUGACGGAAGACGGCUUCGAGAGUCAGUUCCAGACGAACUACCUCGGGCACUUCCUCUUCACGAACCUCAUCAUGCCCAAGAUCCGCGCCUCGGUGUCGCCGCGCAUCGUCAACGUCAGCAGCAGCGCCCACAGACUGCACCACAUGCGCUGGACGGACUACAACUUCAACGAAGGGAAGCACUACGAGAAGUGGAUGGGGUACGGGCAGUCCAAAACGGCCAACAGUCUCUUCUCCAUCGCGCUCGCCGAAAGGCUGGGCGACCACACCGCCCAAAACGGCCUGACAGCGUUCAGUCUGUGCCCGGGCUACGUGCCCACGAACCUCGGGGCGCACGAGGCGCACGACUUCCCCGCGUUCCUCGAGGGCCUGCGCAAGGCGGAUGUGCUGGCGGGCUCGAAGUACAUGUGGGGGAUGGGACAUAUCAAGGCCAAAGACCUGGACCAGGGCGUGGCGACGCACGUGUUUGCGGCGUUUGCGCCGGAGCUGAGGGAGAAGAACGGGGAGUACCUGGUGGACUGUCACAUCGCGGACCCGUGGAAGGAGGAAGUGUUCUCCUGGGCGCGGAGCAAGGUUGACGCGGAGAUGCUCUGGGCCUUGAGCGAGAAGCUUGUUGGGCAGGAGUUCAGGUAUUGAGGAGAUGCUGGAGUUCGACAUGAGAGGCGCACGGAGUAUGGAUCUGCGAAGUCAAUGCCGGAGACGAGGCGCAUGAUGUCAACAGACAUAUGGUGAGACGUCUGAACAUUGUUAUCACUGUGGGGAGAUGAGAUGAUGCUCGUGAGGGGUGAAGCCAUCGCAAUCUGUUGGGACCGCCGGAUGUCGAAGGC